CGAUUCUCAAGCUGAUUUCGAGACGAAGACUCGUUCGAAGCUUCUCCUCCAUCCAUUUUCCAGAAAAAGUUCAGUCGCCGGCGAUAUGAAGAAGAUCCUCCUAAUCGGAACAAGGAAACGUCGUCGUAACGAUAACAGUACAAGCAUGGGCCUAUAAUAGAUUAAUAGGCCCAAAGCUUAAAACCAAUGGGCUAGGGUUUGUUUUAGUGGAAAAACGGGUCGGGUUAUAAUUUAGUAUGAGUCGGUUUAGCUUUGUCGUCUCCAUCUACCUCGGCCACCUCCGUCUUCUGCUGCGUUUCUUACUCUCUCUUCACAACUAUAAGCUUUUUUUUCGUUUUCCCCUUCCAAUUUUUUUUUCUUUUUUUUUUCCGGUAAGCUAGUAAUAUCCGCGAUCCCAACGUCUGAAUUGAUCGUCGUAUCUGGGUUUUUUUUUUUCUAUGGACGGAGAAGAGCAUGCCGAAGUCCCUAUUCCGAUGGUCGAGGAUGAAAGAUCGGCUCUUGCGGCGGAGGUGAUUACAGAGUUGGCGAAUUAUACCGAGGAAGCUGACCCUGGGGAAGGAGGAGGACAACAGGAAGGAGGAGAACUGAGUGAAGAUGACAAACUUAUAGUGGAGGCGACGAACCUUAUGGAAAAGAUUACUUCCGUUGCUAAUAACCCUAAUCCGAAAUAUCUUCACAAGCUUAGCCAUCUCCUCGAAUCUCAGGAGUCUCAGUUUUUGUCUAUUUCGUUCUUAGAGGAGACUGGACAGUACUUAAGUGCUCGCAAUAGUCAUAACAGUGGGAAGCUGUGUAAUCUCAUCCGAGAAAAUGAUGAGUUUUUUGAAUUGACAUCCUCAACUUUUCUAUCUGAGAAUGCUUACUCAACCGCGGUAAAGGCUCCCUCUGCAAGGUUGCUAAUGAACUGUUCGCUUACUUGGAUGUAUCCUCAUGUUUUCGAUGAUGCUGUUACGGACAACUUUAAAAAUUGGGUUAUGGAAGAGACAGUCAAGUUUCCUGGUGAAGACUCUGGCAGGAAGGAACCCUCAGAUUCUGAAAUGUUAAAGACUUACUCUACAGGCCUUCUUGCUCUCUCUCUGGUGAGUCGUGGGCAAUUAGUUGAAGACGUUUUGACAUCAGGACUAUCUGCUAAGCUUAUGCAUUAUCUUCGAGUACGAGUUAUUGGAGAGCCAAGCACAAGCCGUAGAGAUGCCCUUCACACAACUGAGACUAAGCACGUGUCCUUAAAAACAAAAGAAGAAGGUCGAAGUAGGGUGCGUAAGGUUGUGGAUACAGUUGAAGGUGACCAUGUUCUUGAGAUGGAUUCUGGCAGAGAGAUGGGACAACCUGAUGUACGGUCUGAUGGCGACUUUGAAACCGAUGGCAGAGAGAGAUUUAAUGUUUCAGGUGUUGUUGAUUGUAAAAUGAAACCUGUAGAUGACAACAGUGGAAGAGAUGACCCUUCAAGACACAGACUUAACAGAUCAAAAUCAAGGGGGAGAGGAAGGGUUAAUGAAGGUGCAACUGAUACAGAAGUUUUCUUGGCGUCUCCUAGAUCAGGUCGUCUAGUUGUCAGAGAUAAGGAUCUAUCAAAAUCUUCAGAUGGCAGAAAUGCAGAAGAUGUGACCAUAUGUCUGGGGAAAAUGACGUCUGGUAUGAUGGAGAUAGAAAGAGAGGAGGGUGAUGAGUGCUUUCAAGGUUGCAUUAUAGGAACCAAAAAUAUAACUGAUCUAGUAAAGAGAGCAGUUGGAGCUGCUGAAACCGAAGCUAGAGCUGCCCAUGCUCCUGAUGAGGCAGCUAAAGCAGCUGGUGAUGCUGCAGCAGAGCUUGUUAAAACUGCUGCUUUGGAGGAGUUCAAGUCUACUGGCAGUGAAGAAGCUGCUGUAUCUGCUGCUACUCGAGCAGCUAUUACAGUCAUAGAUGCCGCUGAUGUUUCAAGAAAUCCUACUUCUGUCACAUCUGAUCAGACUACAGAAAUUGCGGAUGUUAGUGAAGUUUCAAUUCCAGAUAUCGAAUCGUUGGCUAAGUUACAAGAAAGAUAUUGCAUCCAGUGCCUUGAGAUACUGGGAGAAUAUGUCGAGGUUCUUGGGCCUGUACUCCAUGAAAAAGGUGUUGAUGUAUGCAUUAUGCUGCUGGAACGUACAUCCCAAUUUGAUGACAGUUCUACCGUGUCUCCUUUGUUACCUGAUGUCAUGAAGUUAAUUUGCGCUUUGGCUGCUCACCGGAAGUUUGCUGCGAUGUUUGUUGACCGGGGUGGCAUACAAAAAUUGCUUGCUGUUCCAAGGGUCUCUGAGACCUUUUAUGGUCUCUCAUCUUGCUUAUACACCAUUGGCUCUCUUCAGGGUAUAAUGGAGCGUGUUUGUGCACUUCCAUCGGAUCUCGUACAUCAAGUUGUUAAAUUAGCUAUCGAACUUCUCGACUGUUCCCAGGAUCAAGCCAGGAAAAAUUCAGCUUUAUUCUUUGCUGCUGCAUUUGUCUUUAGAGCCAUUUUAGAUGCAUUUGAUGCUCAUGAUAGUUUGCAGAAACUCCUUGCAAUUCUUAGAAAUGCAGCGUCAGUUAGAACUGGUGCUAAUUCUGACCGAUCUGCUCCGGAAGUCAUGACGUCCUCAGAGAAACAGAUGGCUUUUCACACCUGUUUUGCUUUGCGUCAAUAUUUUAGAGCUCAUCUUCUUUUGCUUGUUGAUUCAAUCCGUCCUAGCAGAAGUAGCCGAGGUGGUGGACGAAAUGUUCCUAAUAUAAGGGCAGCCUAUAAGCCCCUUGACAUCAGCAAUGAAGCUGUUGAUGCCAUCUUCCUUCAGUUACAGAAGGAUAGGAAGUUGGGUCCGACCUUUGUGAGAACUCAGUGGCCUGCUGUCAAUAACUUCUUGGCCUCCUCUGGACAUGUUACCAUGUUAGAACUAUGUCAGACUCCACCAGUAGAUCGUUAUCUGCAUGAUCUACUUCAGUAUGCUUUUGGUGUUCUCCACAUAGUUACAUCAAUACCUGAUGGCCGCAAAGCAAUUGCGCAUGCCACACUCAGCAACAAUCGUGCUGGCAUUGCUGUCAUUCUGGAUGCAACAAAUAUUUCCAACAGCAUAGUAGACCCUGAGAUCAUACAGCCUGCACUAAAUGUCCUAAUCAAUCUGGUGUGCCCACCACCAUCAUUAAGCAAUAAGCCACCGCUUGCACAAAAUCAUCAACCUGUUCCCGGUGAAGCCACUGCCCGUGAUGGUUCUCUAGGUACUCUGUCCACUGGUAAUGCUCCGCAAACUCCUGUUCCACCAGCGUCUUCAGGUUUGGUUGGGGAUCGAAGAAUUUUCUUAGGAGCAGGAACUGGUUCUGCUGGCCUUGCUGCCAAGUUGGAGCAGGUUUAUCGUCAAGCCCGUGAAGCUGUUCGUGGGAAUGAUGGUAUAAAAAUUCUUUUAAAACUUCUUCAGCCCAGAAUAUAUGUGAAUCCCCCUGCUACCCCAGAUUGUCUACGAGCACUAGCUUGUAGGGUACUUCUUGGUCUAGCUAGAGAUGAUACAAUUGCACAAAUACUGACUAAACUUGAGGUUGGAAAGAGUUUAUCAGAACUAAUUCGGGAUUCAGGUGGUCAGUCAAGUGGCACAGAUCAGGGCAGAUGGCAAGCUGAACUUGCUCAGGUGGCGCUUGAGCUAAUAGGGAUAGUGACAAAUUCAGGGCAUGCGACUACACUAACAGCCAGUGAUGCUGCUACUCCAACACUGAGGCGUAUUGAAAGAGCUGCCAUUGCAGCAGCAACGCCUAUAACUUAUGAUUCUAAGGAGCUUUUGCUCCUUAUCCAUGAGCACCUCCAGGCAUCAGGUCUUGGUGAAACUGCUUCAGCUCUGUUAAAAGAGGCUCAAUUAACUCCUCUACCUUCAUUGGCUUCCCCUUCGUCUAUUGCAUAUUCCUCUACGCAGGAGAUGUCUACGCCGCUAGCUCAGGAACAAUGGCCCUCUGGCCGUGCUAACAGUGGAUUUUUCACCAGCAAACCCAAAGUCUGUGCACAUGAAGAAGAUCCUAAUUCUAGAUGUAAUGCGGCUCUAUCUGCCAAGAAGAAACAUUUGGCUUCCUCAACACAGGAGAUGCCCACACCAGUAGGACAACAACAAUGGCCCUCAGGCCGUGCUAACGGUGGAUUUUUCCCCAGCAUACCCAAGAUCAAUGCACGUGAUGAAGAUCCUAGUUCAAGAGGUGACACAGCUCCAUCUGCAAAGAAGAAGCAGUUGACUUUCUCCCCUAGCUUUAGUUUGCAGUCACGAAAGCAAUCUUUCUCCCAUGACGCUCAACCUCAGUCUACACAGAGAAUAAAUAGUAGUUCGAAUUUAGAUCCUGCUGGGGCAGACACAUCAGAAACUGCUGCGGAAUUAGUUUUCAAGAACGACCUUGACGCCGAUGCUCAAUUUAAGACCCCGGUUUCCUCUCCGAGAAAACGGAAAUUGUUAGAGCUUAAAGACCCAGUGUUGUCAGUUCCAGGUAAAAGAAUUAAUUUGGGCGAAUUAGGACCACGAUCUCCAGCUUGUUCAACCACGGCUUCCGUACGUAGAAAUUCAUCCAUUGUGGAUGGCUCAGGUUUGCAAACCCCAACUUCAGCUUUAGAUGCCAACCAAUCUGGGAGCUCCAGACUGGGCCAGAUGACACCUGCUUCUCAGCUAAGAUUUCCCAAUGAUCCCCAGCCUUCCAAUCCAGAACGGUUAUCACUAGACUCCCUUGUGGUUCAGUAUUUGAAGCACCAACUGGUGGGCCUAGACACUCCUUUGAUGGAUGCAAGGCUGCGAAAUUCAGCAACUCUGGGCUACGUUUUGCAGCGCUUUCUUGUGAAGCAUCAACAAAAGAUGUUCUUCUAUAUGACGUACAGACAUGCACUCCUUGCGAGAAACUCACGGACACAAUCACAUCUUCCAGAAGUAAUCCUUAUUCUCUUGUACACUUUAGCCCUUGCGAUACACUGAUAUUGUGGAACGGUGUUCUCUGGGACCGCCGUGUCCCAGACGUUGUCCGUCGGUUUGAUCAAUUUACCGAUUAUGGCGGCGGUGGUUUUCAUCCUUCUAGGAGCGAGGUGAUCAUAAACUCAGAGGUCUGGGACAUGAGGUCUUACAAGCUUCUUCGAAGUGUACCAUCACUGGACCAGACAGCUAUUACGUUCAACUUCAGGGGAGAUGUUAUAUACGCAAUGCUGAGGAGAAACAUUGAGGACGUUAUGUCUGCUGUUCACACACGACGUGUGAAACAUCCCUUGUUUGCUGCUUUCCGCACUCUUGAUGCAGUCAACUACUCAGACAUUGCCACUAUACCUGUCGACCGAUGUCUUCUUGACUUUGCCACAGAACCAACAGAUUCGUUCCUUGGGCUGAUCACAAUGGAAGACCAAGAAGAUAUGUUUUCCUCGGCCAGGAUGUAUGAGAUUGGUAGACGGAGACCAACAGAUGAUGACUCCGAUCCCGAUGAUGAUGAAACGGAGGAUGAAGAUGAAGAUGAUGAAGACGACGAAGAUGACCUGGACCGAAUUCUGGGACUAGGUGGAGGAGAUGAUAGCGAUAGUGGAGAUGAUGAUAUUAGUAGCGAUGACAAUGAAGAUAGUGGGAGCGAGUUUGAUGAUGAUGGAGGGAUGCUCCUUGAAGGUGGUGGUGGUCUAAUGGGGUUUAUAACUGAUGGUGUGGAUGAAGAUGAUGAUAAUGGUGGGGAUGAUGAAGAUGAAGAUGAAGACGAAGAUGAUGACGAUGGUGAGGAGGAUUUCUUGAGCAGUGGCGAAGAGGAUUAUAGAGAUAACAUUCGUUCUUCUUAAAAGGUUGUAAUUUUAUUUCCUUUUGACCUCUACAGAGAUCUGUAUGGGUGGAUUUUUAUUAUCCAAAGUUUUGAUGAUAAGUUCUUGUAUCGUUUUUCUUUGUUAAGUUGCAUGUUUUAUUUAAAUGAUGAUCAGUAAUUAAAAAAAGCAACAGAUGUAUUCAUCAUAA